AUGGCUGAGUGGCAAGUGGAUGUUGUUUUUGCUCCACAGUUCUUCCUUCUAGACCCGGUGGAGACUCCAAAGAGUAACCGAAUCGGACUAAGGUCUGCUUCACCGGUUUUCCAGUCGAACCGGCCGAUUCAGUUCGAUUUUUACAACUAUGAAUCGUGUAAAGCGAACAUAGAGAUAUUGGUGCCCAAUGAUCAUUGCAUUGGCGACAGGAAAGCGUUCUUGACACUUCGGCCAGAGAAGGAAGUCGUCGACGAUGUGCUAAACUUGGUUGCUACCAUGUUGACAGAUGACCGGACAGAGAAUACUUGGUGGCUUCUGACGACUUUCUCGCAAAUAGCUCUGAAUCCGACAACCUACUGCAAGGAGUCGUUGGAGUACAUUGAACGCUGCUAUGUGGGUCCCGUGGACGACAUCACUAAGAUAUACAUACCCAUGUACACGGAGGGGCAUUGGUACUUAAUGGUAGUAGACAUGCGCAAUCGGCAUCUAAUUUAUCUGGACCCCUUCAAGGAAGAAAAGCUUUAUGACCAAAGGGUCGGCCAAAUGCAAUUUGUGGCUCUCUUUUUGCAUACAAUGCUUAGGGGGAGGAGAUUUUAUCAAAAGAAAAAUAGCAUCCCGCAAUGAUUAAGGACUUCAAACUGACAGAACCUAUUACUGGCCAACAAGGAGAGUAUUCGUAAGAUCCCAAAGAUACCC